AUGAAGCCUAGCUUGUUGUGCAUUGGCCUCUUUGCCGCCAUUGGGCUUGCGGCAAAUCUGGGAUCCUGUCGAUGUCAACCCGACCAACCUUGCUGGCCAACCGAGGCUCAAUGGGCUGCCCUCAACAAUUCUAUUGAAGGAAAUUUGGUCACAGUGAGACCACUCGCAAGUUCUUGUCACGACCCCGAUUUCAGCGCCUCAGAGUGUAGCGUUGUACAAGCAAAUACAAAUAAUUCUACCUAUCGAUCCUCCCAACCAGGUGCGCUUCAAUGGGAAAACUGGGAAACAUGGCCAGCAGCCGAUGAGAAAUGCUACACGGAGACUCCACGUUCGGAACCAUGCGAACAAGGCCGAUUACCGCUCUACUCAGCUGAAGUACGAACGGCUCAACACAUUCAAACCGUUGUCAAUUUUGUGACGCGCCACAACAUCAAGCUAGUCAUAAAGAAUACCGGACAUGACUUCCUUGGCCGGUCCUCUGCGCCCAAAUCUUUGCAAAUUCUAACUCACAUGAUGAAGAACAUGUCUAUUUCCAACGAAUUUAUUCCCACGGUACCACCAAUGUUAAAUCCUCCAGAUAGUGCGAAAGCUGUAACUGUUGGUGCUGGCGUUCAAUUGGGUGAGAUGUACGCAUUUUUGGGCUCCAAAGGCCUGAUGGCUGUGGGAGGGACAUUCAGCACGGUUGGUAUCGCCGGCGGAUAUAUCCAGGGUGGAGGGCAUUCCUUCCUGGGCUGGCUCCAUGGGAUGGCGAGUGAUAAUGUACUUGAGUUUGAAAUUGUCUUGGCAGAUGGCUCACUUGUAUUCGCCAACGCAUAUCAGAACUCUGAUCUGUUCUUUGCAUUGAGAGGCGGCGGUGGAGGGUCUUUUGGUGUGGUCGUAAGCGCUACUCUUAAGGUCUACCCCGAUUACCCCUUGAUAUAUGCGACCCUCAACUACACCAUGGACCCAGGUGUCGCAUUCUGGGACGGAGUUGGAGCAUUUCAAAAACACAUCCUUCGGCUCAACGAUCAAGGUGGCUCGGGAUAUUACGGAAUGGUGCCAAUAUAUCCAGUUUCCAGCACACAGAACGUAUCCGUCCUUCUGUCCUCCAUGGCAUUCGUCAACCAAACAAACUCAACCACCGUGAAAGAACUUUUCUCUCCUUUGUUAUUGGAUUUGAAGCAAGCGAUCGGUUUCGAACCAUUUUUCGAUAUGGUUACGUAUCCUUCAAUGUCGAGCAUGUAUUCGACAAUCCUGGCCGGUAGCUAUGCAACCGGCACAGGUAUGCGCUUAGGAUCCCAACUGGUGUCUCGGGAUUUUAUGAAAUCAGACAAUUCUACCCGAUUGACGCGUGCGAUGUCAAGUCUUAACUUUGACCCGGGUGAGGCAGUUGCCGGCGUAAUCCUAACCGGUGGCCAAGUUUCUAAAAAUCGCAAUAUCGCUUCUGCACUGAAUCCAGCCUGGAGAGAUACUAUGGUGCAUGUGAUUUUCACGCGGUUGAUGAGCCCAGAUAUGACAUUUGAAGAACAGGAAACGAAAGCCGCUAACAUUACGCGCCAUGAGGUGCCUAUUUUCAAAUCACUAGAGCAUGGCAAGAUGGGUGCAUAUAUGAACGAAGCCGAUGCUGAUGAAGUUGGAUUUCAGAAAUCCUUUUGGGGUGAAAAUUACCCACGAUUGCGAUCUAUAAAGGCAUCAAGGGAUCCAAAUGAUCUGUUUAUUGUUCGCAAAGGGGUUGGGAGUGAAAAUUGGGACGAUGAUGGGCUUUGUCGAUUGAACAGAACUUGA